GAUGUGAUGUGGUGUGUUGUGUAUGUGUUUUGGAUUUGUGGUCUGCUGGCACUCUAUGAAACUUUUGAAUUAAAUUAAUUACUGGCGUUCCUCCAUUUGGGAAAAUUUCUGUUGAUAGUUAAUUGUGAUUUAUGUUGCGUAUCGACGCUGGGUGCUGCUUUGUUUAUCGUGUAAUUUUUCAAGUUCCUCGUUUCUGCCAUUUCUUUUCAAACGGGAUUUUCAUCAUUUUAAUGUAAUUUAACAACAAAAUCAAUUAGAAGGUUUUAUUUUGAUAAAAUAUUUAAAUUAAAUGUUCAGACAUUACGGGAAACUUAUCAAAUGAUUUUCUCUUAACGGAAAAUAUUGGAAUAUAUAACACUUGAAACAAAUUUUCUGAGUCGGCAAAAUGCAUUCCAUCAUAAUUAUAACUAAACGCUACUGAUCUCUGCCUUCUAUAUUACAUAAAUUCAGUUUCAACAAAAUUAUCCAGUCGAAAUUUCUGAAAAUAUAAAAGGAGGAAGGAAGGGCAUGAUGAAUGCGAACGAUGGAAUGAUACGUCAUGAUGAAAACGCCAUACACAAAACAAUUCUGGUUGGUGACAGCGGUGUUGGCAAGACAUCGUUCCUCGUGCAAUUUGAUCAGAAGAAAUUUCAAUCUGGAUCUUUUGCAGCAACUGUCGGCAUCGGUUUCACAAAUAAAAUUGUUUGCAUCGAUGGGUACAAUGUGAAGUUGCAAAUUUGGGACACAGCCGGCCAAGAACGGUUUCGAAGCAUCACACACGCCUAUUACAGAGACGCCCACGCCCUGUUUUUGCUCUACGAUGUCACGAACAGACUCAGUUUCGACAACAUAAGUGCAUGGCUUGCAGAGAUAAACGAAUACGCACAAGACGAUGUGGUCAUCAUGUUGAUAGGCAACAAAGUGGACAUGACUUCGGAGAGAGCAGUUAGGAAAGAAGAUGGCGAAGCUAUUGCUCAACAAUUCGGAGUUGACUUCAUGGAAACAAGUGCAAAAACGGCUAUCAAUGUUGACCUAGCCUUUGAAACGAUUGCCAGAAAUUUACUAAACAAAAAAACGAGAAGGCAACCACGCGAGGACAAUGUUCAAAUUUCACCGACCACCACAUCUGAUAACCUCGGUCUUAAAGUUCCUUGCUGUAGUUGAUCAUUAGAUUUUAUUUCAUUUAAAUUUAUAACUGUACAAUAUAUGAUAACUCGUUACGUAGGUAUUUUUUGCUGUCGUUGUUUUUUGAAAUACUAGUGUUUAGAUUUAGUAGCUCUGUUUUGUGAUGUGACGAAUUUGAUCAUUACUUGAUCUUUAUUUGGACAGAAUGCUCAAUUUGAUCACAUUUGCAAUAAAACUAUCACCAACAAUUACUCUACUAUAAUAAUUGCUGUGCAACUAUUUAGCUCAUUCAUUUGUCAUUUUUGAUUUAUAUAUUUGCAUUUUCGAAUAAGUUCAUUUGGCUUUUUUAAAAAAUUUACUAUAUUAGAUGGCUUAAUUAUUGAAAUAAACUUGAAAUAUUUA